GUUGCCAUCAUGCCAUCCUCCUCCCCUGAGGAGUCCUCCCUUCUUGCCAGUCCUAAUGCCACAACCCCAGCCAACAGCAGCAUGGGAGAAAACCAGUUCUCCCAUGCUUUCUUACUUUUGGACAAGGAGUUGCACGACAGCUUUCCCAGCCUGUGGGUGGCCCUACUGGCGGUCAAUGGGACCAUCUUCCUAGUUGGUGUGGCACUCAAUGGCCUGGCCCUCUAUGUCUUCUGCUUCCGCACAAAGACCAAGACCACCUCCAUCAUCUACACCAUCAACUUGGUGGUGACAGACCUGCUGGUGGGCCUGUCGCUGCCCACGAGGUUCAUUAUCUACUAUGUGGCUCGAGACUGCCUCAAGUGCUCUCUCGUGCACGUCUUCAGCUACUUUGUCAACAUGUACUGCUCCAUCCUCUUCCUCACCUGCAUUUGUGUGGACCGCUACCUGGCCAUCGUCCAGCUGGAGGCCUCGAGGAAAUGGAGGAACCCCAGCUGUACCAAAGGCAUCUGUGUCUUCAUCUGGGUCUUUGCUGUGGUAGUGACCUUCUCCAUCCUUUCUGUAGCAGUCCAGGGAGGCUCCUGCUGUCGCCUCUUUGCCUUGACAAUCUUUGAAUACUUCCUGCCUCUGGUGGUCAUCACCUUUUUCACCGGAAGGAUCAUGUGUGCGCUGUCCAAGCCCAAUCUCAUGCAUCAGAGCCGUGAGCGGCGAAUGCGUGCUGUGCAGCUCCUCCUUACUGUCCUCGUCAUCUUUCUGGUAUGCUUCACACCAUUCCAUGCCCACCAGCUGGCCGUCUCUCUCCAUCCCCAAGCCAUACCCAAAGAAGCGGAUCUCGUGGCCUACCAUGUCACCAUCACCCUCAGCAGCCUCAAUAGUUGCAUGGAUCCCAUCGUCUACUGCUUUGUGACCAACAGCUUCCAGGCCACUGUCCGGGGCCUCUUUCACAGGAGCGAGCCAGAGCAGACCAGCGGGGAGGUCAUCAGCAUGCACAAGAGUUCCAAGGGCUCCAUCCACAAUGCCAUCAUUCCCUACUCUCGAGCUUUGGCUGACAGGCCCCAGGUGUAGUCAGGGAGGCUAGAGCAUCGUAGGAGAGGCCAAGAUGAUGAAUGAGGUGUCAUAGAAAAAGUCCUGGAAUUGCAGUCACAGGCCUUGAGUUCAAGUUUGGACUCUGCUCCUGACUACCUAUGUGACCUUAGUCAAGUUUUUGCUUAUCUGGAGAUGAAAAGUUUCCUCAUUUGUGAAAUAAAGGGUUGACCCAGAUAAGCUGAAAGCUCAUGUUAAAACUCAGAUAUGCUCUUUCCAACUCUGGAGCCUAUGACACUACUUGGACUCUGAUGACAUCCUAAGGAUGGUUCUAGGGUGGGGCACCCACCUCUAUCCCACCUCUGCCUCCAUGUGUGACCUCGGAUGAGUCUCUUCAACUAUCUCGGCCUUCGUUUCCUCAUCUAUCAAAUGGGGAUAAUAAUGCCUGACCUUUCUACCUCAUAGGAGAGUAGAGAGGGUGAGAGCAACCUGUGAUAACUAAGGUCAUCAGAUACUUAGAGAUACAUCUGGCCAGGGCAAAUGACCACACGAUUUAGCUACUUAAUCGUAUUCUGAAGAGUGUUUCCUGGGGACCCAGUAGUUAGCAAUUAUCUCUUUAGUUCUGGGCAUUCCCUACUUGGU